AGAAUAACAGGAAGCUCUCUGACGUCGUCACGAUCGACUAGCACAGCAACGAUAGCAAAUCCGCUACCUGUGACUGAAUCUGAAUCCCCUGGUCAGGUUGGGUAAGCACAAACUGCAUUCGUAAAACAUUUAAACUGGCAGUGAGGCGUUGAUUCUAAAUCAAGACCUCGGGGACGAGAAUGACAAGUAAAAUGUCCGCUCCGGUUAAGGGGGAUCUCACAGACAACGAGAGAGAGCUGCUGGUGGAUAUCGCAGCAGGUAAUGUUCAGGAGGUUUCACGACUGCUGGGUUGCAAAGAUGUCCGCGUCAACUGUUUGGAUGAGUACGGGAUGACCCCCCUCAUGCAUGCUGCGUAUAAGGGGAAAGCGGACAUGUGCAAACUGCUACUGCAGCAUGGAGCUGAUGUCAACUGUAACGAGCAUGAGCACGGCUACACCGCACUCAUGUUUGCGGGCCUAUCAGGUAAAACGGAGAUCACCUGGAUGAUGCUGGAUGCUGGAGCUGAGACUGAUGUGGUGAAUUCGGUGGGGAGGACUGCAGCCCAAAUGGCGGCUUUUGUUGGACAACAUGACUGUGUGACGGUCAUCAACAAUUUCUUUUCUCGGGCAAGAUUGGACUAUUACACCAAACCUCAGGGUUUAGAAAAAGAACCCAAGUUGCCACCAAAACUAACAGGUCCUCUCCACAAAAUCAUCAUGAGCACCAAUCUCCACCCAGUGAAGAUGGUGUUGCUGGUUCGAGAGAACCCGAUGCUAGCAGAGCUGGAGGCUCUGGAGAAGUGCCGGCACGUGAUGGAGUUGAUUUGUGAGAAGUGUGUGAAGCAACAGGACAUGAACGAGGUGCUGGCCAUGAAGAUGCACUACAUCAGCUGUGUGCUCCACAAGUGUGCCGUCUUCACAAAAGAGCGAAAGGACAAAUUGGAUGGUCUUCUCAAGAGUCUUCUGCAAGGACGAGAAGGAGACGGCUUUCCGGUGUUCCAGGAGAAGUUUAUACGCGAGUGCAUUCGGAAAUUCCCCUAUUGUGAUGCCACCCUGCUGCAGCAGCUGGUUAGAAGCAUUGCACCAAUCGAGAUUGGUAGUGACCCCACUGCGCUCUCCGUGCUGACCCAGGCCAUCACGGGGCAGGUGGGCUUUGUGGAUGUUGAAUUUUGCACAACCUGUGGAGAAAAAGGAGCGCAGAAACGAUGCUCUGUUUGCAAACUGGUGAUCUACUGUGAUCAAACAUGUCAGAAGCUGCAUUGGUUCACCCACAAGAAGGUUUGCAAGAAACUACAACAGGAGAGAGAGAGGCACGAAGCGGAGUCUGCAAAACGUUGUGAAAAACCAAAGACAGAUGAUGAAAUUAAAGAAACACUGACCGUUGAAGACGCCACCAUAGCUUUGAAGGACAUUUCUGUGGAGGCCACGGAGGUGACAUCUACCGUCGAGUGAUAUGUACAUCUGUUCAACCGCUAACUUCUUCCUGCGCAAAUUGAAUAACAAACAAUUCCCUCCCAAGAAAAAUGUGCGGUACACAUUGCUUUCAGCUUUGAAGACCGUAACCAAAGAUUCAAGAAUCUAGAAUCUUUGACCGCAACCAGAUGGUAUAUUAUAUCUACAUUAUAUUGCAGAAGUCCCCUGUUCCAUCACAACUUUUUAUGUGUUUUUUAUUUUAUAUUUAUUUUUCCAGACCAGUUAAACUCAUGUCAAAUCAAUCAUGUCAAGCUAGCAUCAACUCUUGGAUAUUUACCAUGCUUUGGGUACAGGGGAUGUGCGAACUAAGAUAUAUUUGAUAUUAUUUUUGAUAUUCAUCUGUUGCAUUCUGGAGAUACUGUGUAUUUUUCAGUUGAAUUAAAAUAAAAAAAAUGUGGGUCCUUACACUAA